AUGAGCAAGAAUGGCCCAAGUCAUUCAUUGUCUUUGUCAGAUAAUACCAAAUUUCUACUAUGUUGUUUUUGUUGGUACCUUUCUUCAUCUCUAUCGAGCAACACUGGCAAGCAAAUCAUGAACCAUUUCAGAUAUCCCGUUACUUUGACAUAUGUACAGUUUAUUUUUGUGGCGUGCUGGAGUGCCAUAGCAGAAAAAGCAGUAAACAUGAAAAAUAUUAGAAAACCGACAAAAGUGAUUAUACAGACCAUUAUACCAUUAUCUAUUUUCAUGAUCGUUGGCCAUGUGUUUUCCAGUAUCUCAAUCAGUAGAAUACCUGUCAGUUUAGUGCAUACAAUUAAGGCCUUAGCGCCCUUAUUUACAGUGUUAUUCUAUCGAUUUAUAUUCAAAGUACAUUAUUCUUCAAAAGUUUAUACCGCAUUGAUCCCUCUGACAACCGGUGUUAUCCUCGCUUGCUCGUUCACAUUUUCCAACAAUUUGAUUGGCUUACUAUGUGCUCUGGCGUCCUGCCUAAUAUUUGUCCUACAAAAUAUUUUUAGCAAAAAAUUGCUGUUCAAAGAAUCCAAGAAGGGAAGCAGCAAUCCAAAUAAACUGGACAAGAUGAAUAUGAUGUUCUAUUCAGCAUUUAUUGCCUUCGUUUUGAUGACACCAAUGUGGUUUUACUAUGACGGAUUUCAUAUUCUAUUCAACCAAGCCAAUAGAGAUAUCAGUAGGACAAAAUUAUUGUAUUAUUUUUUAUUGAAUGGUACAACGCAUUUCGCACAGAAUUGGUUUGCAUUCACAACACUAUCGAUGUCAUCACCUGUCACUUACUCGAUUGCUUCACUCGUCAAGCGUAUCUUUGUUAUCGUUAUGAGUAUUAUUUGGUUCGGUCAGCAGGUCAGCUUAAUUCAAAGCUUGGGCAUCAUUUUGACAUUUGUCGGCUUAUGGAUGUAUCAAUCUGCAAAACGUGAGGUCGACCAAGGAGAAAGUAAAGCUUGCGAAAGAUCAAUUGAUGUUCUUCCUACGUCAAAUAAAGGACAAGAUGCAGAAGAGAUAUUGUUGAACGAGAAAAGUCAUUUGCCCAACAGUAAUGCUCUUAAUAACCCAGCUAUGACGAUGAAGAAAUGGAUAGGAAACCAUAUACCUGGCUCAAACACAGCAAGAAACGUUAAACUUUUAUAG